AUGUCUGUUCAGCAUGUUGCACCGUCGCAUGACGCCUACGGGCAAGCCAAACGGAGAAAGGUGCGCAAAGGUACCCACAGUUGCUGGGAAUGCAAGCGUCGGAAGAUGAAAUGUAGAUUCGAUCCGCGCAUUGCGAGUACCUCCUGCAAUGGCUGUCGACGACGUGGCUCUCCCUGUAUUAGCCAGGAAUUUCCCGAGGAUCUCGAAAAUGCCCUCAUGAGCAUUGGAACCACCAGUAGUGAUGGCACUUCCUUUGAUGGCAGAACUCGCCCUGCCACACCCUGUGAGAGGACAGACCGUAUUCUCACGCCCGUGUCAACGAUAAUGGAGCCUUCAAAAUAUUACAAAUCUCCUGAGCAAUAUCCCCCGACCACCAGGAAUGAUACCUCACAAUUUAAAUAUGAGAGGCUGUCUCGGUUUCUGCAUGAAUUACUCCCGUCGCGCGCAGAUACCGAAAGCAUCUGCAAAGCUAGUCGCCACUCUUCCAUCCUCUCCCACGAAUUAUUAUCGACUCCAUACACCACCCUCUAUCAGAACGGCCUCCAAACGCCCGAGAGUUUACUGAUGACCCCGCAACCAAAUAUGCAUCCUGUUUUGAUUGCAAGACACAUGCUCCAGCUCGCCCUUUUCCUACAGCAUCUUCCUCCAGAUCUUCACAAGGAGAUUGAAGGCCUGUCGGAACCACCCCGCGUCAUCAUGGAACGCUUAGCAGAUCUUGCCAUCUACCACGUCACGACAAACGAGGCAUUGAUCGGCAGCAUCGAGAGCCUCGAGUGCAUUAUGCUCGAGAGCUUAUACCAGGUGAACAUUGGGAACCUUCGACGAAGCUGGGUCGCGGGUCGCAGAGCAAUGAGUCUCGCCCAGUUGAUGGGCUUUCAUCGACCAGAUAACCAGACCCUAUACAAAGCGCUCGACCCCCAAACGAAAUACGACUCACGGAUAAUGUGGCUCCGCAUCAUAACCCUCGACCGCCAGCUUUGCCUCCUGCUCGGUCUGCCCGAAGGCUGCACCGACCAUAGUAUGGCUUCGGAGACCCACAUCGCCAACGAUUGCCCUAUGGGCCGUCUCGAGCAGCUGCACUGUGUUGCCAUGUCCCGAAUCCUCGAACGGAACGCAUCCAAGCCGAGCGGCCAAGACCUGGCCGCCACCCGCGCCAUCGACCUGGACCUACAGAAAGCCGCGAGUAGCCUCCCGAGCAAGUGGUGGCUGGCCCCCAAACUCGACAAUGCCUCCAACGACCUGCAAGCCGUGUUCUGGGAUACGCGCCGUCUCGUCCUGCAGAUCUGUCACUACAACCUUCUCAACCAGCUGCAUCUACCGUAUAUGCUGCGCCCCUCGUCCGCAGAGAACAAAUACGAGUAUUCGCGGAUCACAUGCGUCAAUGCGUCGCGGGAGGUUCUCUCGCGCUACAACUCGCUCCGCAGCUUCAAUCGCAUUGCUUACAGCUGUCGCACGGUCGACUUCCUCGCCCUCAUGGCGGCCAUGGCCCUCCUACUCGCACACAUGGAUAGCCAUAGCGACGGGGCGGAAAAUCUGCUCGCGAACCAGUAUUUAAGCGAUCGCGGGAUGAUCGAACAGGUGCAGGAACACAUGAGCGAGAUCAACCGGCUGAAUUCGGACGAACUGAGUGCACAAAGUGCAGAUUUGCUAAAGUCAUUGUUGGCGAUUGAUCUGGAGAAAGGGCAUGGGCGGGUGAGUGUGCGGGAGGCGGGCAGUGAGGGUAUGUUACCGCAUGAUGGGAUGGUCUCGGAGGAGGAGAGCGUGGUGCGGGUGCAUAUACCGUAUUUCGGAGUUAUCCGGAUUGCACGUGAGAAACAGCAAGCUGCGACGUCGGGAACAAGCAGCAGUAGCAACUCCGAAGCCCAACUCCGCCUCUCCUCCUUGACACACCCCACCGAUCCCCUCUCCAGUGGACCACUCUCCACUAGUUCUAUCUCCACUAACAACACUCCCAACCCACUCUCCUUCCGCGUCGCCGAUACAGCUGCUCCCCAUGAAUUUUCCGCCCCUUUCGCACACCAACAGCAGCAACCAUGUCAGGCCACGUUCUCAGACCCUGGUCUUUUUCUAACGCCAUCCCCGCUAAUGCAGGGCGGACAUCCUGGACUCGCCGCCGGCGGCGAGGACUGGGCGUUUCAGGGUGUCGACAUGGCGUUCUUCGAGAGUAUAAUGAGGAAUGUUGGGGGCGAUGUUUGA